CUGCGUACGUAAAUGGCAACUCAAACCUGGACCGAUGGGCUAAUUCAUGCAAUAAACAACAAAGGAAAGCAGCUGUUCGUUUCUGAUUGGGCCGUAGUCAUCAAAGACAAAUAUCCAAAAGCUAUGCACCACUUCUUAGUACUUCCCUGGAGAGACAUCGAUUCUGUUUAUGAUCUUUCGUCGGGAGAUACUGCACUGUUGCAAGAUAUGUACGAUCUCGGAUUGAAAGCCAUCGACACAACGGGUUUGACAGGUGAUCGGUUCGAUUACGGUUAUCACAUGAAACCGUCCAUGAGACGAUUACAUUUGCAUGUCAUUUCGAAGGAUUAUCAUUCGCACUGUCUUUCGCACCGAUACCAUUGGAACGCAUUUAAUACGGAAUUUUUAAUCAAGCACGAAGAUGUAGUAGAAAAACUGCGCGAGCAAGGCUGCGUUGAACGUCCUUCAUUGCAUUACAUUAUGCAGCUUCUUGAGACGCCAUUGCGUUGCAAUCAAUGCACUUUCAGACCGGCAAACUUUGCCAAACUUAAAUUACACCUAAAACAACACGUGGAAUCAAUGAAUCAUAGUACAGCAGGCAGCUGA